AACUUCGUUCCACCCACACACACGCUCACACAGUCAGUCUCGCUCUGACAGAUGUGAAGAUAGUCAGACGGCACCAGCAGGAUGACUCUGAGAAGACGAUCACACCUCAUGCUAUAAGACGGAAAUGUGGCCGAAACAGUCGACUCUGGUGCUGCUCACAGUGGCAGCCAUGGUGGUCUCGGGUGAACAAUAUGUGAUUCUGAAUGAAGAACAGGGGAAAGUGGACAUUCCUUUUGGUUCCUCUCUGACUCUGGGCUGCAAUUUGAGCACGAAAACCUACAACCGGUUUCGUCUGCAGUGGUCCUUCAACCCUUCUGGAUCUUCAGCCAAAGCUUCAAACAUCAUCGCUAGCAGUGUGAAGGUGCAGAACACCACGUUAAAUUUGUCAGACAUUAACUGGAACCACACCCUACCAAAUGUUGCCAUGAACAACAGCGGAUGGUACUUUUGUGGAGUCACUGGGGAUAUUCCCUUCAAAGAACUUAUUAUGAGCUAUGGAACACAAAUAGCUAUUGCAAAGAGCUUAAUGGAAGCCACAGUGUACCCAUCACUAGUGACUAGUAAGCAAGCUAACCCGGAUAACCCAGAAGAGCCCCAAGCCAUUCACUGGUGGAUGUGGAUCGUGUUGGGGGGAUCGACUUUCAUCCUGAUCGUCCUGCUGGUCAUAUGUGUGAUGUUGAGAAGAAGAUGCCGCAGAAGGAGGGCAGAAGAUCAGAUCUAUACAAACACUCAUCCUGUGGCCAACAAGCAGCCGUCACCUAGGCCUUCUCUGCCCCUGGACACCCUGAAGACACGUUCGUCCAACGAUGACUUCUGGACCCCGAAAUCCGACAGGGUAUACGCCAACGGCAAAUGGAAGCAGAAAAAGUGAGGAGGUCAAGGAGCUUUUAACUGUAUAUUUGUACAUUUUAUGUAGACUCAUUCUUUCAAGUAGAACUCAUUCAGUAAAAUAGCUACAAUAAGCCAUAGGGUGGCAGAUGGUGCAUUCUGUAAACUUUAAACUGUUAUUUUUUCUUUUCCUAUUUAAAAAAAAAAAACUUGAGUAUGUUGCCAGUAAUUUUGUAUUGUAAAUAAGUGCUAUAUUUAGUGUUAGUUUUGUAGUGAUGAGACUCAAAUACGUUGUGUAAAAGUAUCUGCUUGUUUUUAUAUUAAAGUUUUAGAUGUUAAA